AUGUGAAAAAUUCUGGAGAAAACAGGGGAAAAAAAAUCAAAGGACAAGACAGGGAUGGACUAUAGUUUAGAAGCGCUGAAACUACUAUGCGGACAACUGAAAGAUGCUCUAGAAAUUCCAUCUCAAAACGCCUUGAUUCUUGGUGGUGUUCUCCUCCAACGUGCCUGGCUUCAGGUCUUUUUUUUUUACUCUUUCCUAUUUCCUUUUUUUAAUCAAAUUUCCUAUUUUACCUUUCUUUCUUUCUUUUUACAGGGCGUUCUGGUCUCAAACGACGACGACGAUAGCCUGCUUCUCGAUGAUAGCACCGGCAUCGUCGAGCUUGGCCUCUCCGGAGAUUCCCGCCAACGUCAAUGGAAAAAGGCUUUUGAUUUGCCACCCCCCAGGCCCCACUCAUUUUCAACGGCACAUUUUAAUUUCAUUCACCCGACGCCAUUUUUGUAUGGGCAGCCAUGUAUGAAAAGGCAGUGGCUUAAGGCCUUUCUCCUCUUUUAAUAACAGGCUGCAUUCGCUUCUUCUUAUGGUUUAUACUAUUCUUAACAUCGUAAAAUAUAGUAGGUAUGCCCAUGUCUAAAUUCCUUGGACAAACUUGUUUGUAAGGCUCUAGUUUUGAACCUGAAGUAAGCAAAUAAAUUGUUAAUAUCAAACAUAAGCUUAAUCCAACCCGAUCGAUGAACAAAUUUAGUCCAAAGUCACCCCUCGAAAGAGCAAUAAAAACAAGACUUUAGACAAAAAACCUCAAUAGUUCAAACUUCAAACAACAU